AUGCCGGUCAGAAUGCGGAUGAGAUGGACGGCUUACGCUGGGGCUUCUACCGCCCUGGCCGCCGGGGUCAUCCUCAAAGCUCUGGCACAGCGCCCGAACUUCUACUCGGCCGCGGUCUACUUGUCGCAGUCCUCUGCCAACCUGAUGAUCUUGACCAAUCUCCUCUUCGUUGUCGCCUGCACCUUCUUCAUCGGACUACAGAAACUCCUCUACGGAAGCCUGCGGCCGAUCGAGAUCGAACAGCUAUACGAGAAAGCCUGGUUCGCCGUCACCGAAACAUGUCUGGCAAUGACCGUCUUCAGAGGCGAAGUCGGGCUGGGGUUCCUUGCCAUGUUCUUCGCUCUGUUGACUGGCAAGGUUUGGGGAUGGAUCGGUGAAGGUCGGGUCGAAAUACUGGAGCAACAACCGCCUCGGAACCCAAGACUCUUUCAUACCCGGUUAGCCCUAAGUCUCGGCCUGAGUGUCGCCUUCGACCUGACCAUGCUCGAAUACGUGGUUAAGCAGGUCAUGAGAAUGGCCAGGCCGGACAUGAUGGUCAUGUUUGGAUUCGAGUUUGCCGUCCUGUCCAUUACCAGUAUCAGCACGGCGAUCAGGUACGCCAUCGAUUUGGUCGAAAUUGGAAUCGUCCGUGAACAAAAGAGGCAGCGCAUCGAAGAAAUCAAAAGGGAACGGGUACAAGCAGCUGUAUCCGAAUUGCAACAAGCACAGAACGCCCCGGCAGAAGGUGCUGCAAUCCCCAGUGAUGCGCAGGCAGCGAGCUUGCCCACUCCGACCCAGCGCACUGUCGAACAGGUGUCCCAAGAGGUGAUGAACCAACCUGUGGACGAGAACGAGGUCGAGGUCGAAGGUUGGGAGGACAAAGGUCGAUACAUGUUCUAUCUGAAUCUGGCCACGGAUUUCUUCAAACUUGUCAUCUACCUUGCAUUUUUCUUCAUCCUGCUUGUAUUUUACGGCCUACCGAUACACAUCUUACGAGAUGUUUUCAUAACCAUGCGCUCAUUCGUCAAACGGAUCUCGGACUUCAGAAAGUACCGGGCGGCCACGAGAGAUAUGAACGCACGUUAUCCCGAUGCCACUGAGGAAGAUAUUGGACCAGAAGAUGUCUGCAUAAUAUGCAGGGAAGAAAUGCGACCGUAUCAGCCCCCAGCUGCCCAGGACGGCCAACCCGCGCCGCGAGGCACCCCGGUGGCGGAAAGGAUGAGACCGAAGAAGCUCCCAUGUGGGCACGUGCUUCAUUUUUCUUGCUUGAGGAGCUGGCUCGAAAGGCAACAAAUCUGCCCUACUUGCAGAGCGAAUGUCGUCCAGGGUGGAAGAACCGGGCCCAACGGCAGGGCGGCUGGCCAACCGGGCGCUGCUGGCGGAGAUGAUGCACAGGGUCGACCAGACGGACGACAAGGCCCGAGGAUCUACCAAUUCGGGCCGUUGAGGAUAGGAGUCGGCGCAGUCCGCGGACAGAACGUGUUCGAAGAACUCCAGCAACAGCUACGGGAGGUGCGGCAGGCCGGUGUCGAGCCUCCAGCCCACGGCGAUGCCAAUGCCCCUCGACAGUUCGGCGUUGGAAUUCGGUGGGCUGCUGGAAGGCGGCCCCGGCCAGGAGAUCAGAAUCAGAAUAUGACAACCCGAGAGCAGCUUGAUGCACUGCGAGGUCAGCUAGAUCGGGAAAUGCAGGACCUCGCCCACAGUUCGGCCGAAUUGAGCUUGUUGCGGUCAAUGCAGACAGAGAUGCAGAGACUGCGAGACCUCAGGCCUGGAGAAGCCGCCGACAACGCAAGUGCAACCGGCCCGGGCACAGGUACAGCGUCGGGAACAACUCCUGCUCCGGCAUCGAACGCGACACCCGCACCAGCGAUACCCCCGGCUCCAAUUCCCGGUCAGCAGACUAUAAACCCUUCCCCGUUUCCCCGGGUCACUCAGACUCUUUCUGCUGGCGGCCCGCACGAUGUGAUAUUUGCGGGAAGCGACAGGCUCCCUCCCGGCCUGACACUGCCAGAAGGGUGGUGUAUGAUGCCCUUACGACCUACACAAUUCGACGCUGCACGGACGAUGCUGCCUCCACACAUGCGAGCUUUCGGAUCGGCACCUGAUGUGAUGCAAAGACACCACGCUGCUCAUGACUUGUUGUUUCAAACACCUCAACCGUUUCCGCAUCCGAUAACCAUGAAUGGAGUGAACGGACCCGCCCGGGGCCAAACAUUUACAACCACAACCUCGGGACCCCAGCCCAAUAACUUGCCCGAACAACAUCGACCGUCUGCGUUUCCGGGGUGGCCAGGGACUCCGGACUUGCAGCGGCCCGCUGGAGGUCCUGGCACCGAGGCUAAUGCUCGGCCAGAAGUUCCGAACACUACAGCCGGGACGAAUGUACAGACGUAUGGCCCUCCGGGUAGCGAGCAGGGACAUGUGCCCACAUCCGGAAUGGGAACACAGACUCAGCCUAUCCAAAAUUCCUCUAGUGCUUCCUCCAUUCCUUCAAGUGCUGUCCCAGGCGUUGAGUUGGGGCAAUCUCGUCCUGCUGUGCAGCCUUCAGAUAGUCAGCAUACGCCUGCUUUUCCUACCACCCAGCAACAGGCCGUAGGGGCCGCAUUGCCUAACUGGGGUACUGGAUCCACGGGUAAUGGCGAGACGAGCACCAUAUCACAACCCUCCGGCAGCGGAAGCAACGUGGCUCUCCAGAACAAUCAGGAAGCGCUAAGCGUGCCGCGAGAGGGGGCUGAGUGGACCGACGGGGCAAGAAUACCUUCACAAAAUGGCGGAGGCAAUGAUCACAGCAACGGGGAAAUCAAUGCUGACCGCAGCAUGAAUGGAAUCGACCAUACCGGAGCAGGCCCUCCUCCCAACGGUUCUCGUCCUCAAGCAAUCCCGGGAGGAGAACAAACUCAUGUUGGGAGCUCCGAGAGUGAGCAAGCGGCACCAUCGAAGGAACCGCAUCAUGCUACGGUCGAGGACUUGGUGGAGGAUCCGGACUGA